CCACGCCAUUCAUAGCCCAUGCCUCUUUAACAUUCAAGUCCUCACUGGUUGCUGUCACUCCACCAAACCCUUUUUUAUGCGUGGCUAGCUCGAACCCUCUUCCACCAUCACCUACAAGAGAGAAGCCUGCCUUUCCCCUCUCCCUAAACGAAUUAAUGGUCACCACCCCACCCCCCUGGUCCAAAUCCCUUAACCUCUUCCCUGCACCCCCCACCUUGACAUGUUGAAUGAUCAAAGGCCUCAAACAGGAGAAGAAGUAGACACCGCCGCCGCCGACGAGACCGAAUUCCGCGACAUCCACGAGCUACCUCCGUCCUCCGAGCCCUCGUCGAGCCGCGGUCGGAGGAGGGAGUCGUGGGAGGCCAGCAGCCACCGCUGGUCGACGCUCUCCGUGGGGAGCGACGUCCCCAGCGAGCACCUCUCGACUAUGAGCAGAGAGUUCAACGCCAUGGUCGUCGCCGGAUCCACCAUGCAGAACGACAGCAACGCCAGCAACGGCAACCACGACGGGCUGAACCUUGCGAGGAUCGGAGAGGAGGAGCUUGAGGAGACGAACCCGCUCGCGAUCGUCCCGGACAACAAUCCCAUCCCCUCGCCCACUCAUGCACCGCCGGCUGACUCCCCGGCCCCUGUGGAGGAGCUCUCGGUGCAGCAGGUGAAGAAGGAGGAGGUCGAGUCCAAGAUAUCGGCAUGGCAGACCUCCGAGAUCGCCAAAAUCAGCAACCGGCUCAAGCGGGAGGACAUGAUCAUCAAUGGAUGGGAAAGCGAGCAGAUCGAGAAGGCGACGGCGUGGUUGAAGAAAGUAGAGAGGAAACUGGAUGAAAAGAGAGCAAAGGCAAUUGAGAAGAUGCAGAACGAUUUGGCGAGAGCGCACCGGAAGGCGGAAGAGAAGAGGGCGUCGUCGGAGGCAAAGAGGGGGACGAAGGUGGCGAAAGUUUUGGAUUUGGCUAAUUUGAUGAGGGCUGUGGGUAGAGCUCCUUCCAAGCGCUCCUUAUUUUAGCCAUGCUUAAUUUGCUCUCUCUCCCUAUGUGGCAUGGAAUGCUUUAUUAUAUAUUUCAAAUAUAUAUAUAUGUAUAUGUAUAUAUACUUUUGUGUUUGAAGAGCUGUAAGCUAAACAGGCCUUGAAAGCUUAAUUUCAGUCAUAGAGUGCUUGCUAGUUGAAAAGAGACAGAAUUGUGAGGCUGAAAGCUAUGUUUGCUGUAAAUUAAGUAUGUGUGUUUCAUAAAUCAAUGUGAUGAUUGGCAUUUUUCUUUGUAUC